AUGUACGUCACAAUGAUGAUGACAGACCAGAUUCCACUGGACUUGGCUCCGCCCCCCCUCCUGAACGAGGUCCCUCUCAUGCCUCACAUGGUUAACGGUGACGCAGCACAGCAGGUGAUUCUGGUGCAGGUGAACCCAGGGGAGACGUUUACCAUCCGGGCAGAGGACGGCUCACUGCAAUGCAUCCAGGGUCCUGCUGAGGUUCCCAUGAUGUCCCCAAAUGGAUCAAUCCCCCCAAUCCACGUUCCCCCAGGAUACAUCUCACAGGUGCUGGAGGAUAACACAGGGGUGCGCCGGGUGGUGGUGACCCCCCAGUCUCCAGAGUGCUACCCUCCCUCCUACUCUCCGGCCCUCUCCCCCACACAUCAUCUGCCCCCCUACCUGGCUCACCCUCACUUUAUCCCCAACUCUCACUCUUUCUACCCCCCUGUCAGCCCUGGAGAGCUGCCCCCCCACCAGUACUACCAGCACCACCUUCCCCCCAUGUAUGGCGAUCCAGAAAUCAUCUCAGUUUAUGGGAUGUCUAACUACAUAAGCAGAGAAGAGACGUACAGUAAGCCACAGCCCAAAAAGAUAAAGGAGAGACUAGAGCGACAGAAUCGACUUAACUCACCUCCCUCCACUCUGUAUAAGGGCAGCCUGGGGCCAGCACACAACGGAUACAGCAACAAAUCACACGCCCCAUCGCUCGGGUCAGUGGGGACAGGGGGCGGAGUCAGCAGUCCAGGUGGGAAGAAGCCGGAGAGACGACUCCGGAGCAGUCCACGCAACAGUGAACCAGACACACACACACAAGAUCAUGAUUCAGAGGGGAAACGAGUCCAAGACAUGCUGUCUUCAAUCGACAAACCACAGGUUUCCAAUGUGCAGGCGCGGGCUGCACGGCUCUCCUGGGCCCCCCCUGCAGGUCUGGUGAACAGGCAUAGUAACGGGAUGCCUGUUUCCUGCUCCUUCGAGGUGUCUCUCUCAGAUAAGGGACGAGACGGGAAAUAUCGCCAAAUAUACAGUGGGGAGGAAUUGGAGUACCUAGUGAAAGACCUAAGGCCAGCAACAGACUACCACGUACGGGUGUCUGCAAUGUACAACUCGGUCCGAGGCUCGUGUUCAGAGGCCGGCUCAUUCACCACACACUGCAGCAUCCCUGAUGUUCCGUUAUCCCCCAAACUUUCCCACCGCACCAAGAGCACCCUCACCUUACAGUGGAAGACCCCAGGCGACAACGGAUCCAAAAUCACAAACUACCUGCUCGAGUGGGAUGAGGGAAAGAAGAACAGUGUUUUCAGAGAAUGUUACUUCGGGAGCCAGAGACACUGUAAGCUGACCCGGCUUUACCCGGCCUGUGGCUACACGUUCAGAGUGGCUGCACACAACGACAUUGGCACAAGUGGCUUCAGCACAGAGGUGCUGUUUUACACCAUGGGCACCCUGCCGGCUCUGCCUCUAGCACCGCGGCUGGUCAGGGCGGGGGUGUCCUGGGUGACUCUGGAGUGGGGGCGUCCUGAGGGCAGUCCGAGCGAGGAGCAGUUAAAAUACACACUUGAGAUCCAGGAGGACAACAGCGGAACAGACUUUCAUCCAAAGUACACUGGAGAAAACUUGACCUGUACUGUACAAGGCCUGAAGAGGAGCACACAGUAUAAAUUCAGGCUCAUAGCGUCAAACGUGGAGGGAAAGAGCAGUCCCAGUGAAGUGUUGGUCUGCACCACCAACCCAGACAAACCAGGCCCUCCAUCUACACCCUGUGUCACCGCAGCAACACCCUACGGAUUUACGGUCACAUGGGAUCCUCCCCAAGACAACGGAGGCUCAGAGGCACUCACGUACCUGCUAGAGAUCUCCGAGGGAUGCUCUGAAGCGAGUCAGUGGGAUGUAGCGUACAGCGGUCCAGCAACAGAAUGUGUGCGUGAGCGGCUGACACCAGGGACCGUGUACCGCCUACGAGUGUGUAGCAUCACCACCGGAGGACACAGCCCGUGCACAGUUAGUGUCCCGGUUCGUACAUUAAGCAUCCCGCCAGGGCCCUGCCAGCCGCCAAGGAUUGUGGGUAAAGCCAAACACAAGGAAGUGCAGUUAGAAUGGGACCCUCCUGUCUCUGAGGGAGUGUGUGAGGAGAGUGUGUUUAGUCUGGAGAUGAGCGAGGGAGACACAAAGCCAGCAGAGGUGUAUCAUGGGUCAGAGCUGCAAUGCACCGUGGGUAGCCUGCUGCCUGGUGCCACGUACAGCUUCAGACUGCGGGCUGCAAAUGAGGCCGGGUUCGGAGCGUACUCUGAGCCAACAGAAGUGACGACUGCAGCGGGUCCUCCUGGCCAGUGCGGGGCGCCACUCAUAACCCUCACCAGUAAUACCUGCGUAACACUCAACUGGGAGAGUCCUGAGGGUUCGGGUUCCGACAUCUCGGAGUAUCGUUUGGAGUGGGCGAGGGAAGAGGAGCCAAUGGAGCUCAUCUACUGUGGCGCUGCUACACAGUGUGAACUGUCGGACCUGACGCCUGCUACGGAUUUCUGCUGCAGGCUACAGGCUGUGAAUCAGGCCGGUGCAGGUCCAUACAGCGAGCAGGUGAGUUUCCGGACCCCAGCGACAAACCCCGACCUGGUCUCCUCCCUCACCCUCUUGGAUCUCCCGACCUCCUCGGAGUCGGGUCAUUCCCCGUCUACCUGCCUCCUCCUGAAGUGGGAUGAGCCAAACUGCAACGGGGCUGAGAUCUCGUCCUACGUCAUCACCCUGGAUGACCAGACCAUCACGGUGGAAUCAGGGACGAGUCACCUUGUUACAGACCUGCAGCCGGACAGCGAAUACAGUGUACAGAUACAGGCGGUGAACGAAAUCGGCUCCAGUCCCACAAGUCCGCCACUGCUGGCGAGGACACGCCCCCUCCCUCCAGCCCCGCCCCCUCUGGAAUGCUCGGCGGCUGGCCCUCAGAGCCUGAAGCUGAAAUGGGGUGAAAAUGCCAGCAACACGCACACGCGCGCCCUGCUCGCUGAUGACAUCGUUUACACACUACAGAUGGAGGACAAGAACCACAGGUUUGUGACGAUCUACCGCGGUCCCAGCCACACCUACAAAGUCCAGCGAUUGACAGAGUCCAGCAGCUACAGCUUCAGAAUACAGGCCAUCAGUGAUGCUGGAGAGGGUCCUUUCUCUGAUACACACACCUUCUGUACCACCAAGUCUGUUCCCCCUGCCAUCAAAGCUCCUCGAGUGCAUCAGCUGGAGGGGAACGUGUGCGAGGUCACAUGGGAGACCAUCCCACCAAUGAGAGGAGACCCUGUGAGCUACGUGCUGCAGGUGCUGGUGGGACGCGAGUCAGAAUACAAACAGGUUUUUAAGGGAGAGGAGGGCAUGUUCCAAAUCUCUGGCCUCCAGUGCAACACAGACUACCGUUUCCGCGUGGGAGCCUGCCGCCGUUGCCAGGACACGUGCCAGGAACUCUGCGGGCCGCUGAGUCCCUCCUCCUUGUUCACACUUCGUCGCCAAGAGACGGCGUCGUCGGGGGAUCUCUGCCCCGUGGAAGCGGGCAAAGGGGUGGGCCUGAUCUCCAGCGACGAGCGCUUCGCCGCGCUCAUCGUGUGCGUCUUCGCGGGCUUCUCCAUCCUCAUCGCCUGCCUGCUACAGUACUUCUUCAUGAAGUGAGGGAAUUUAACUUUAGGAUAGAAAGAGAAAGAAAAAUCACAGAGUCUAUGAAAGAAGCAAAUGAAAUCAAAACAAACACUUGAGAUGUACUUCUAAGGCUAUGUUUGUGGAUUUUUUUUAUUUUUAAGUCAAAGUACCGAUUCUGGCUUUCCUCACUUUGUUCUUCCCGUCUUCUGCCGUCACUUGGAUCAGUCUCAUUUCUCUCUGUGUCUCUGUUGUCUUUGUAUCAAUGUCCAUCUCAUGUGUUAAGGAUUUCUGUCGAGGGAAGCCGUGUCUUAGCUGCACCUCGGUUGGGAAAGAAAACUGAUAAUCAAGCCUUAAAAUAGCUGUGAGCAAAGCAGAUGCUCCUCAGACUGACUUGCAUGUUUUUGUUUUGUAUCUUUUUAAAAACAUAUUCAAGAUUAGAAAACGUGUAUAUUUCUUGACGGUCAUUGCCUUAAUUUUUUUGUUUUGUUUUUACAAUGUGUAAUUGCGUUUUAUUUUUUUUUGCUGCAGUCUUUAUUCAUUUCAGCCAUAUUCCAAUGUAGGCCUUCAAAGCUUUAGCCGUUCAUACCUUAUAAUAACUCAGUUUGUAACUACUCUACAGGCUGUCAGUCAACUCAUGCAAUCUGCACCUGCUCUCACACACAGGCUGACAGAGACACAACGCACACACACACACACACACAUGCACACUAUACAAUAACACUUGUGCAAUGACAUCGGAAACACACAUCUCCUCCUAAGAAGUCAAUCACAUAUCCGCUCAGCUUUUAACACUCAAUCACUCACUCAUUCAUUCAGCUACCAAAGUGAUGCAAUUCAUGUGUGGUGUAAGAUGCUGCUAUCCUGUGAUUUUAUUAUAUCUAAGAAAGAAUGGAAAACCAGUUAUCUAAUAUAUAUACACACAAUAUAUAAAUAUAUAUUAUAACAAAUAUCUAUGAUGCUAUAGAAGUGAUGUAAUAUAAGUGAUGGCAAUGUAAGGUCUGAACUACAGUGUGAAAGGGAGAAAAGUCGACUCUAGGUGCUCACAAUCAGCAGCUCUGAGGUCAGUUCAGCAUCUCGUGAAGGAGCCCUUAAACACUGGUCUUGGAUCAGAUGAUGAACUCUCGUAGGUGGGGCAUAAACUGGCCGAUCCUGAUUGGCUGCAAAAUACCAGGAAAGAGCUUGACUUGGCAUUUGAUUGGCUCUUUGUCAGUCCUUUUAGGUUUUUGACCAUCUCAUCGCUCUAGCCAGUUUAUCUGUAGCUUUAGCCGCAGACCCAGAGGUGCUAACAGCCUGCCAGCUAGCUGCCCUUCUCAGGGCUGUGUGUGUUAACCAGGAAAGUUAUCAGCGUUUCGCUUUAGCCUUACCCUUACCCCCCCCUUUGAAAUGUAUCUAGCCGGAGCAGCGCUGAAGCUGUAGUUUAUCCUUCCACCUCGUCUGUGAAUCGAUACAUUUGAAGACUCUUCUCUUCUCUCUGCUCCUGCACAUAAUUACCCAUAAUCACCAUUUGCUCUGGCUGCUCCUCUCUUGCUUUCGAUCCAUCCCAUGCACUCCCUCCUACAUUUCCUCUCUCUCUCUCUCUCUCUCUCUCUCUCUCUCUCUCUCUCUCUCUAAAAGGUGCUUUAUCGACAUGUAAUCAGAGCAGUAGCAAGUCUGCAGUGUCGCUGCAGAGUCGCUGCAGACCGUCAUGUUCUCCAGUGACUUGAACUAAUGUUCACUAACCAAACAAGCCUUUGACAGAACACAACUCAGCAGACAGAACAGGGCAUUCUGACACAUGUUGACACCCCCUGACCUCCAGCCUGACUCCCAAAACCCCUGACCUGAAAAACAAAGCCAAGGUACAGCCCGAUACACACCCUGUUUAUCCAAAGAAGUCACCCUGACCUGUGUGAUUAAUGCUUAACAUGUCUCUUUCUAUCAGGCGGGGUACGAGGGAAGAAGGAUAGGCUGGGAAAAGGGGGUUUAGGCGAGGGGUGGGGCUGAACUUAAGCCCCGCCUCUCCGCUCUGAUUGGCAGCCUGUAACGUACCUCAGGGAAAAGGCCUUACAGAGGGGAGCUCUAACUUGUCGUCCUCAUUGCUGUCGUCAUCAUCAUCAUAACAGCCUCUCUUUCUCUGUCUUCCUCCCUCCCCUUCUUUCUUUCUUUCUUUCUUUCUUUCUCUUUUUUUCUGUCAUUUUUUUGAUGCUGUAUCUCGUCCUCUGUCUAUGCUGUGCCUUGCUCCUGUAUGUCAGUAAGCAAAGUGGUUUACUAGCUCAAAAUACCUUUGCCAAAGUUGAUGGGAAAGUUAAGGUAGAGUUCUUUUCUAGGUUUUAUUUAUACUAUAUAUUUGCAUACAGUACUUUACAUGCCAAUUACAGUGCAAUCUUCAUUUAUUUAUUGUUUAAAGAUUAAGAGACAAGUGUAGUUAUAUACUAAUUUUUCCUUGUAGCAUGUUUUUUUCUUUUAAUUUUUUUUUUAAUGGAUGUAUGUUAGAUUGUAUGAUUAAGGCCAGCAUUCCUUAUCUCAGUAACCCUUUAAGUAUUUCUCUUACAGCUGUUGGGAACCUGUAGCUCAUCAGUCCAUGCAUUGCAGUUAUCAUUGCCGUUUCAAACAUGUAACCAAAUGCCUUUGUGUGUGUUUUUUUUUCAUCUCCUGUCUCGGUCGUGCACAGCCGAGCAGUUCUUGUAUUGCUUAGAGAGACAUGUAGCAAAGCCGGGCCUUAAGGUCAGUUCAAUUCACCUGUAUUGGGAUAAACGUCGCUGCCUUUGGCUUUUUAUUUGUCAUGAUUAGUGUUAUAAUGAAGCUUCUGAUAUCUUUUUACUGUUUUAUUGCCAAAGCGCAAGCUUCCUGUGUCCACUAGAUGUUGCGUUCGCAGUCGUCUAAAGGGUUCUGUGAUGUUCCUCUGUAACGACACAGCAUUACAAUUAUUAUUAUUAUUAUUCUCUCAAAAGGAAAAAAAAACAUUAACUUGAUCUGUGAUUAUGCUUCUUUUCAUAUUAUCUUUUAUUAUUUUGUUUUGUAAAGCAAAAUGUGCCAUUUUUAAAAUGUGUAGCCCCCUUUUGGAGGAGAGUAACACAGCCUGAUUUCACAGAAAGUUUAGGAAAAAAGGCAAAAACAAUCAUGCAGGCGGAUGACGACAAUAAUAAUAUUGACGAUUCCUUGUUCAGGCUAGUGCUGGUAUAGCAGUAGUGAGUAUUUUGUAUCCAGUAUUUUGCUAAGAGAUGAUAUACAGAGAUAUCUAUAGAGCUAUAGAGUGAGAUGGUAAUACAUUAUGACUAACAGAGUUGAAGCACUUUUUUAUGCCGAGCAUUAGCAUUGAUGAGGUUAAAUACGAGCGAGAGGAGACACAAGGUCCAUCGCUCCGUUCCAAACACUACUGCCAACGCCCUCUGUUACAUUCAUUGGCAUUAUUGUGUCGUUGGCGUCACUGUGACAUUGGCAUUACUGAAGCGCGGUUCUGUGCUUCUCAAACGGCACCCUGCUCCCUACUGCAAACUACAGCAACAAAGGAAGUUCAGAGGGAGUACGGUGCCUCUUUCAGGCGUGCUCAUUACGUCUACCAUUCCUGUCGCAUUGUAGUCGACAGGUGAUGUGUGACGUGUCCUGUCCCUAAAUCCCUGACGUUAUGUUGCCCACCCACAGCCCCCCAAUGUUCCCCUCCUUUCCAAGCCUUAAUGCUCGUUUGGGAGAGCAGAGGUUCACUGUGGCCGAGCUCAGGCCAGUCGUGUUUUUUCAGCCCGAGGUAAAAGAGUUAACUGAAAGUCUGUGUUUAUGGGCAGGGUACUCCCUUACAUGUGCUUUGAUGUUUUUUGUUUUGUUAAUUUUCAAAUGCUGGUGAUUUUUAUAGACGCCCCGCCCUCCCAAACCCCGCACCGCCCCCCACCCUGCAGGUCCUGCACAUUUGGCGGGUAUGUCGAGAAAGAGAGACAAUUUUUUGCCCAGCAAACCCCACGUCUGUGCCUUCUGAUCAGUUAAUUUUCUUCUCUUUCAUUUUUUUUUUUUGUUUAUGUUUUGUACGUUUUACAGUAAGUAGAGAUUUUGACUGAGAAUUUGGCGAUUUGACAAACACACAGAGACUCACAGGUAUUUAACUAUUUUUUAAGCGAGACAAAAAAAGAAACAUAUUUUUACCUCACGAUUAAAAAAACAAACAUUCCAAUGUUGUCAUGGUCUACGAAUUGAAAAAAAAGAAAUUCAUGCAUUUCUUCUUGUAUUGUAAAUGUUAGACAAUUUCAUAUGCAUUAUAUAAAAGAAACUGCCAUAUCAAUUUUAAUGUAUAGAUUUUUGCAAAUACUACCCUAUGUAUGUAAGACGUAACUGUAUCGGUAGCGUAUAUAUAAUAUAUUUAUGCCCAAUAAAUGUUUUGAUUUUUUUCUGA